AACAGCCCCUGACAUAGUUCGUCACAACAAAUUGUUUGUUUAUGACACUCCAGGCCAGUAGUAUGUUGGCAGCUGGGAGGAGGGAAGGCUGCAACGUAUGUAAAUAAAAGCAUUUUUCUGUAUAGAUUUACUAAGUAAUUAGUCUUUUAUUUUUGGUGCCAUUGCCUUCAAAGACAAUAAGUUGUUGUCCCAGGAUUUUUGUGGAGGGGCACAAAAUUAUACAAAGAAGAUGAUGGCCAGUUUUGAAUUCCAUUUUGGGUACCAGGUCCUCUUAAAGUCUACCAGUAGUGUACCUGCCCAGUACAGAUGCAAAUUAAAGCAUAAGGACAUUUUGAAUUUGAUGAGUAAUACUUUACUCUUUAUACAUUGGUUAACUCUUUGAUAUUCAGGAACACUAGUACCCAGAUGUGAUCUGAGAGACUGCUAUAUAGCUUUGUUAAUUAAAUAUGUAUUAAUAAAGAUAAUAACAUAAAAAUAAGUCCUCAUAUCUUCCAUAGUCUGUACAUUGGUAGAAUCCAGGACAAAAGUAGAUGUACCAGUAGAAGUGUUUAUUCUUUAGAUGUAAUUAUGUUAUAACAUAUGAUAUAUUAUAUGAUAAAAAUUAUUAUGAUUUUAAUUUGUAUAUAUUAACUAAAUUUUACACUGAAGCAGUGUUCUUGUACUUGUUACACAUUGAGGGAUUGUUUGUUAAACACACAAGAAAGAAAUGAAUGUAAGAAAAUUACAUGUCCUUAUUAUAAUGAGUUUCUGACAGUUCCAACACAUCAAUAUUCUUAAUUCCAUUCUCAUUUAAUGUAAUAUUAAGUUGAUGCUUAAAUAUCCUGGCUACACUGCUACUGUGCAUUCCAAGCAUGUCAAACAGGUUUGUUCACAUACACAGCACAGGGAUGCAAUUCCUUGUAAAUUUUAAAAGGCUGCAUGUUUUUCUUUUUUAUACUUGAGGGUCUUCCUUAGUCCCUAGAUCUAGUAUAUGACCAGAGUUAAAAUGUAAUUGGUGAUUUUUCACUCUGGCUGUCAUGUGGGAGGUUACCAAUUACUUUAUGACAGGAGUAAUGCGUACAUUUUAGUGGUGCUGCAUCACUCUGUACAACAGGAAAUUGUUAGUGCCUUCGUGAAAGAGAUAAUGUUUCAUGAAUAAUGAAGGAUAAAUUGUUUUCUGCAUGUACUUCAUUAACUGAAUCUUAUUAAGAAUUGCUAACCAUCUUGACAUUUUUGUGACAACCACCUUAACAUGGAUUCUCCAGAAUUGUUUAGUAUGGAAAACAAAGAACUUCUAAAUAUUACAUCUAAGAAAUGGAUAAGUGUUCUCAUGACCUGAGGAUCUAUACAUGGCAUCAGUUUGUAUGUGAGUGCUUCAGAGUACUUUUGUUUCUUCAUGUUCAAGAUUUGAAGCUUUAUGCCACUUUUCAUAACUAAGCAUUCUCCUUUCAUUGUUGUGACAUCAAAAUUGUCUUGUAUUAUCUUUUCCCAAUUUUUGUACAAUGUCAACAUUUUCUUGUAAACAAAUAAGCAGUCGGGAAGAACAAGUACAUGUGUAAUUCAGUUCUGUCAUACAUGAAGUGAUAUCCAACAUAGAUUAAUACUAACAUGAAAUUCAGAGAAUGCAUAUCAUGGAUAUAGUUAAAGAGGAGCCUGAUUCUGACAGUGAUUGUCACCAAAUGUCUUCGCUGACUACCUCUUACUUUGAUGGUGUAAAAGAGGAACAACCACCUUUGGCAGAGACUGCAAGUGAUGCAAAGGAUGAAUCAUGGAACAUGGAGGAAUUUCUACAAGUAGAAGUAACAACAGAGGAACCCGAAGAACAUCACAAGAGGAUGGAGCAAUUUAAUAAUCAGCUAAAGGAAUCAGUUGGUGGUGAUGUUCAUCUUCAUAACCAACUUAGUUGUGACAAAGUAUCUGUUGAAUGCAGUGAUAAUGUGAAUAACUUCACUGUUUCUGUAAAUAUGAAAGUUUGUGGAAACUUAGAAGGUAGUUCCCAAACAAGUGCAUUAGAAUGUUAUAGUUGUGACAUAUGCAAUAAAAUAUUCUCUAAGCGGAAUAGCCUUAUAACACAUAUUCGCGUUCAUAGCGAAGCAGCUUUCAAAUGCGAGAUUUGCGAGAAAGCUUUUGCCCGAAGUGACCAUCUUGACACGCACAGAAGAAUUCAUACUGGAGAGAAGCCGUACUGUUGUGAUAUAUGUAAUAAGCGGUUUGCGCAUAGAGGAUCCCACAUGAACCAUCUGUUUACUCACACUGGUGAACGAUCUUAUCAAUGUGAGAUGUGCAAAAAGACCUUCUCUCGUAGAGAUUCAAUAUAUUUACAUUACCGAAUCCACAAUAGAGAGAGGCCUUUUAAAUGUGAGUUGUGUAAUAAAGUUUUUCUACGUAAGGAUAAUUUGGGAGUUCAUCGGCGUGUUCAUUCGGGGGAAAAACCGUACGAUUGUGAUGUCUGUAAAGAACGAUUUUCAUUGAAGUCUACUCUGAAGAAACAUUACCGUAUACAUACAGGUGAAAUGCCAUAUAAAUGUGAAGUAUGUGAUAAGGCUUACCGACAAGCUGUAGGCCUUGUUAGACAUAAACGCACACAUACCUAAUAGUCAAAGAAUUAAAUCGAAAUGUUGUUUCUAAUAAUGCUACUGGGACGUUUUAUAUAAAACAAUAAGUAGAUGAAAUAGAAGAAGUAUGGAAAAAUGCAUGUUGAGUUCCAUACUGUUAGAUUGUGUAUAAAAAGAAUUAAGAUGUGUAGCGCACUUGGUAGAUCUAAUAAAUCCACUCUUGUCAUUGUGAA